GAACAUGUUCCGUUCGAUUGAUUUCACCAAGAGGUGCUGGCUCGCCGCUUGAGAAUUAUAUCCGGCCGAGUAGCAUAAUUCUUGGAUUUACGAAUUCCAAAACAAUCCACAAAGGAUUUAAAAACUAUUUUCCAACGGAUUAUGUUUUAUAUUGUGGAAUUCGGCAAAGAAGAACACUAAAGUACACUAAAAGAUGAUAAAAGGAAUUCUGGUCAUUGGAUACAUUUUAUCAUUAUUCAGUCUUUGUUGUGCUCUGGUAGAAGAAAUCAAGCCGCCCGAUGAAUUUUCAGCAUGUCUAAAAGAAAGAUUGGCAAAAAAUGAUCCAACACACACAACUUAUGAAUCACUUAAUAAUUUCUGUAUAAGUAGCAAUCGAAAUAAGCAAACAGCUAAAAUAGAAGGUCAGCAUUUAAAUAUAUCAGUAGAGACUGUUAACUGGAUUAAUGAACUUCUGCGCAUGUCGGAAGUAGAUAUAGAUAUACACGAACGAGCAAAACGUCAAGCUACAAAUGAUACUAAUAUUCCUAUCCCGCCAUAUUUACAGUUCGUUUUUCCAAGCCAAUUUGGUACUCCAUUAUAUCCCAGUUUUUCUAGUAACACAGCAAACCAAGCUCAGCAACAAAAUACUGCACAGCAAUCCCAGAGUAACGUGCAAGGUCAGCAGACGAUAGUACAACCAGCCUCGGUUCAGCAGAAUCCACAAUUACCUGUACAAAACAAUGUUCAAACCCCUCAAAUACAAGCACAGGUACCACAAAACACACAGAACCAGUUUCAAAACGUACAGGUUCCAGCUCAAGGACCACAGGUUCCCUUUCAACGGCCACAGAUUCCAGUUCAAAAUCUACAAUCGGGACAGGGUCCCGCAGUUCAAAAUUUUCAGCCAGGCCAAAGUCCAGCAAUUCAAAAUCUACAAGCGGUUCAAAAUCUACAACCGGUUCAAAAUCCUGCAAUUCAAAAUAUACAACAGGGUCAAAAUCCUGCAAUUCAAAAUUUUCAGCCAGCCCAAGCUCCCGGUAAUCAAUUCGCUGCUGGAACACAGUUUCGACAACCACAGGUAGUAAGACCACCAGUCCAACAAGUUAGACAGCCACCUAGAAGACAGCUACGGGUACGAAAAGAGUACAGACGUCUCACAGACCAAGAGCGUGCCAGAUACCACAGGGCGAUUCUAAUGAUGAAAGCCGAUACGAGUGUUCCACCUAAUAGAUACGAUGCCCUAGGUCUUAUUCAUUUCCGAAUGGUUGACAACAUACAUCAUGGCGGUGCCUUUUUAGCAUGGCAUAGAAUUUUCAUAACAAUAUUUGAAAAUGCCCUUCGACAGAAAGUGCCAGGUGUAACACUUCCUUAUUUCGAUUCGACAAUGGAUGAAGCUAUGGUAGACGAGACUCGAUCGAUCAUGUUUUCACCCUCUUUUCUUGGGAAUGGAAAUGGUUUGGUGACAAGUGGUCCUUUUGCCUACUGGCAGACACCAUCGGGUCCACUGAUAAGAAAUACUGGCAACCCUGGUGGGAGUCUAUUCUCAAAAGACGAAAUUCGGAGAAUUUUAACAAGAAAUAGAAUUUCAGAAAUUUUGGAACCUGGUGCUACGAACCAAUUCAAUCUUGAGAAUAUACAUGGUGAUGUUCAUACCUGGAUUGGAGGUCAAAUGGAACCAAUGGAAACAUCAGCUUUUGACCCUAUUUUCUACAUGCAUCAUGCAUUCGUUGAUUAUGUUUGGGAAAUAUUCAGAGGUAAUCAAAGACGGAAUGGUAUCAACCCUACUCAAGAUUAUCCACAGAAUUAUGGCCCUGAAUCCCAUGGACCAAUGACUUCAACUGGAUUCGGCAACUUAGUCAAUUCUUUUGGUUUAAGCGAUAUGUUUACGUCAGAGGUUUACACUUACGAGCCUAAUCCCUCAUGUUCUUUUAAUAAUGCAAAUUGUGGAUCCAACUAUUUGACCUGUGACAUAUCCAGUGGCACUCCAACAUGUAUUCCAAUAACAUCUGGGGGACCGCCGAAUGGACCACCCCCAGGUCCUCCGAUGGCACCAGGCGGUUUUGGCGGGGUUAAUGGACCAAUGCUUCCUGGUUUUAUGCCAAAUGCAUUCGGAGGAAGAAAGAAGCGAGCUGUGGAAAAAAUUGCAAAAAUGAAAGCCAAGCGUCAAUUGAAAGUAAAUCAGACGUCAACACUGAAAAGUCCAUUUAGUAGUGAUAAUGAAUGCUAUGUUCCUUCAGAUUCAAGCCAGAACACAUUUGCAAUUGACGAAAAAUCCGAUACAAGGAAAUGGGUCUUCAUCCCAAUCAAGAUAGUUAGUAAACGAUCACCCGAAAGUAAAAAUUUCAAAGCUUUUCCGAUUUAUGAUGGUGUUCCUGCAAGGGAUUUUGAUAUAUAUAGUCCAGAGUCGUACCCAGAGAUCAGUUCUUACUUUCAAGAUGAGGUUAUGCUGCAAUCAAAAAGAUGUAUACAGUCAAUAGGAAAAGGCAAAUCUGUAGGUCGUAUUCAUAUCCGUUCGGAUGGUCUCAACUACCGUGGUACCUACGACGAAUACGUCAUCGUUGACCUUCGACAAGCUUUCAUGGAAUCAAUGACUUAUAUUGCAUUGCGAAAUCCAGACAAAGAAUAUUCAGAGGUUCUAAUUUCAGCAUACGAUUCUUGUGGAAGAAAGUGUAAAGCUUUCUGUCGAAAUGAGGAAGGGGAUACAUUAGGAUUCCAUGAAUGUGCGGGCUCCAUCCGGGUCACAAAUCGAGCACCGUACGGUUUCGGGAAGAAUUACGGAUCAGCUGUUGACAUGUCAUGGAAUAUAAAAAGCAAAGCAUCCAUUCCAGAAUUUAAGAACGAUUCAGUUCAUGUUCAGUUUUUCUGUGAUCAUCAUGAAUACUAAUAUAUUUAUGUGUUGGGGUACAACUUAAAAAUUAGAAGAAACAAUAAAAUUAGGUACAUAUUAACCAGAUUCGGCCGCUUCUUAUCCUUUAAGUUACUUACUUGUAAAACUAGACAAAUUCAAUUACAGUACUGCUCAAUAAACUUUGUUGUUAGUUAAAUGGUGCUUUUAAAGCUAUAUCCUUCCAAAUAGAUCUUAUUUUUAUUUUA